AAACAAUAUACACCCACUGGACUGACGGACAUGAGUGACCACCAACACACUUGGCAGUUCAAGCAAUAUACACCCGCUGGAUUGACGGACAUGAGUGACCACCAACAGAUUUGGCAGUUCAAACAAUAUACACCCACUGGACUGACGGACAUGAGUGACCACCAACAGACUUGGUAG